AUGUCCCUCCACGAACAGGUCCAGCUGAAGAACUUCGAUUCUAUCUUUUCUCUUGAGGGCAAGGUUGCCGUUGUGACAGGUGGCUCUCGGGGCCUCGGCCUGCAUGCAGCUAGCGGUCUUCUACAGGCCGGCUGCUCCAAAGUCUACAUCACCUCGCGCAAAGCGGAGGCCUGCGCCAAUGCUGCUGCCGCCCUCAAUAAACUCCCCAAUAAGCGGCCUGGUGCGCUUGCUAUCGCUGUGCCUGCCGACAACUCGUGCACCAAGGAACUCGAACGACUUGCCCAGGAGGUGCGAAAGACCACCAAUCAUGUUAAUAUACUCUUCGCCAACGCCGGGGCUACAUGGAGCGAGAAGUUCGAAACCCAUCCCGAAGGCAUGUUCACCAAGGUGAUGGAAUUAAAUGUGAAGAGUGUCUUUUAUCUGGUACAGAAGUUCCUUCCUCUUCUCACCGUAAAUGCAACCGUCGAAGAACCCUCGCGAGUCCUGGUUACAGGCUCUGUUGCCGGUAUUGGUCUUGGGAGCCUAGGUAGGAAUGCUGUUUUCAGCUACUCCGCCAGUAAAGCCGCCGUCAUGCAUCUGGCCAAAAAUCUGGCUGUUGAGCUUGGUCCUCGCCAUGUUUUGUGCAACGCGAUUGCCCCAGGAUUCUACCCGUCCAAAAUGGCAAACGGUAUGAUUAGCAUUCAAGGCGGUACAAAGCACUUGGAGGAGCGCUCUCCUAACAAGCGGCUUGGUUGCCCGGAGGAUAUUGCGGGCCUAGUGGUCUUUCUAUCAAGUCGCGCGGGGAGCCAUUUAAAUGGGGCGGUAGUAGUGACGGACGGCGGCUCCCAUUUAAAGGGCAACCUGUAA